AUUUCCUAUGAGCCUUUUGAAGAAGAACUCACCCGGUUGAACUCUCCGUAGUUUCAGUCAGCCAUCCGCCACUGGCGUAUGACCGAUUAUUAUUGAAAUUCACCAUCUUUCGAUAACUUUUUUUAUACAGGAUGGAGGAAGUUGACAAUAUAAUAAUUCAUUCACUACGUGAAAUAGGCUGUGAUAUAGAGGAACGAGUGACGAAUUUAAAAGGCUUCGACACCGAUCUAGUGGUCGAUGCUACAGUAAGAUGUUUAGAAAUUAUUCGACCGGGUCUUGGAAUAUCGAAAGUGCUUCCUGCAAACAUGGCAGCUCGCUUUCGAGUUGGAGCUGCACUAGCCCAGGCUUGUUCGGAAUUAGGAUACAGAGGAGAUAUCGGUUAUCAAACAUUCCUGUACAGCUCAGAGACUGAUCUUCGGAGAGUUUUCAUGUUUUUAGUUGAGAAACUCCCAAAGGAGAGCGACAAAACAUCAAACGAACCAAUUAGUAAAAUUGAUCAGUUAGAAAAAUCUAUUGCGGCUGUUGUCACACGCAGUCUCUCCUCUCCCUGGUUACCCCACUAUUGUCACAAAACAAGUUGCAGGAGAGGAGGGUACGUUCAUGUGCCUUACAGAUCUGUUGAUAUUGAUGUUCCAACAUCCAACGAUGACGAAGACUUUCAAAGUUAUUAUAUACGUUAUCAACAACCAGUGCCUGAGCAAACAAGGGACCGACAAAGCCUCUUGUCUUCCAUGUUAUCGCACAACGCAAAACUCCUGCAUUCACGAUCAACGAAUAUAAUGGAGCGAUUGGAUUGGCUAAAUUCACAAAAGUCCGAUAAUACUGCUGAACCAGUUGUUACCGUAAAAUCUCCAGAAAUAUCUGUCACUAGCAGAUUCACGUUAAAUGACAGACUACGUAGUAAAAGAGUGGAAUCUGAUGUCGAACGAAAUAUUGCCGAAGUAUCGCUUCCUCAACCUGAUGAAGCCAGCUCUGUAACGAGAGAAGAAAGACGCACUCUGGAGAUCGAGGGAAUCAAAUCCGAUUGCGAAAAGCUGAGGGUUGACAUAGACACUGCGCAGGCGGAAAUAAAUAAAAUCACUGCACAGCUUUCUUACGUCACGAACAAACAUGAAACCGAUGAGAAAGAGCUUGAAGUUCUCGAAGCUGAAAAAAUCAUCAAAUCGCGGACUUACGAUUUGCUGGCAGAUUCAGACAACAAUAUAGACAAACUCAAAACUGUUAUAGACUCUGGACGGAAUAAAUUGAUCAAUUUAGCAAAUCAGUGGGAGAAACACAGAGCACCUUUAAUCAAACAGUAUCGUGAUGGCAGAGAAAAGUAUUCUGCUAAAACUAACAGUAGUCAGAAGAAGCUCGAAGAGUUGCGUUUAUUGCGUGACAAAGAAAAAGAAUUGCUAGAAGAGUGUCAUAUGAAAGAUCAGCAGUACUCUCAAUUGUUAGGAGAGGUACAGAAAUUACCGAAAGAUGUUAAUCGCUCAGCCUACACUCAGAGAAUACUAGAAAUAAUAAACAACGUUCGAAAACAAAAAGACGACAUAAACAAAGUUUUGGCAGACACUCGCGAGAUACAGAAGGAGAUUAAUACUCUAACGGGCAGACUCGAGAGAUCUUUUACUGUGGUGGACGAACUGAUAUUUCGCGACGCUAAAACAAACGAAGCAUCGAGGCGUGCUUACAAACUUCUCGCUACUCUGCACUCGGAUUGUAGCGAGCUUGUUACUAUGGUCGAAGAAACUGGGGCUACUUUACGUGAAAUACGAGAUUUGGAAGAACAGAUCGACUCUGAAUCAACGAAAAAUGUUGGAGCUAAUUUGGAAAGAAUAACUGCGGAUUUAACACAGAUGCGUCAAGAAACGGCGUCGUUGAUGGCACAAAUAGAGAAUAAAAAAUCAUGAUUUUCAUACAUUGAACGACAGAACGCAAAUUACUGUCGAAAUAUUUAAGAGACAGAAAUAACUUUGUACAGAAGUGAUGAUUGUGGCAAUGAAAAAACAAAAGAAAACGAAUGAAAAAUUGAGCAUAAAGCUCAUGAAUGUUCCGUACAAUUGACAAUAGCACGUUGCAAGAAAUCGUCAUUGGUGUUCCUAUUUACAUGAGCGCAUUUGACUUUUCGGUUGAAUAGGCCUUGGGAACAUUCCGAUAUCAAAAUGGCUAAGACGUCUCAGUAAUUCACGCUCAAAAUGCGGUAUUUCGUACGAAGCCUAAUGAUCAUUCUCAUCGAUACUAUAAUUACUUGAGCGUUGACGCAAUUGUAUAAUAUAUCGGGUCAGCUCGUCGUAUCAAAUUCCAACGAGUUAAUCAAGUAUAAAUGUCAUUAGAAUGUAAGGAAAGAAUGACAUAAAACAAGACUAAUAAUGUACAGAAAUGUAACGCUUGUAUAAAAUUUGCAAUACGUAUAUCGAUA